CGGUGCACUUAACGCAAGUGCGUGCGUGCGUGAAGUGUGUGCGCAUAAAGGGUGAGCCGCGAGUGAGCGAGGGUGAGCAAGAGCAAAACUGCCCCUCCUCCUCUACUCCCCGGCGCUGUGGGAAAAACUCCUGCUUCAGCAUGCAACCACCACCGAGAAAAGGAAACUAUGCAAAAUUUCUAAAAAAUGUGCAUGCGGAACAGGCAGCAAAAUUGCAAGCAAAAAAUCAACACGAGUGUGAUCUUCUAGAAGAUAUACGUAAUUUUACAAUAAAAAAAUCUGCUAUCGAAAAAUCUUAUUCUGAGGCGUUACUCAAAAUAUCAUCUGCAUAUUUGAACAAGAAAAUACCCAACAUACCAGAUCUUAAAGUCGAUGGAGCGGAAGAAAAAUGGAACAUGUGGAAUGUGUGGCGAACCGUGCUGGAAGAGAACGAGAAGCUGGCUCGAGCGCGUCUUGCCGCUGUUGAAGUCUUCCAGCAGCAGAUUGCUGAUGAUGCCAAGUUCCUCAGGAUCCACAAACUACAAAUCUCGAAGAAGGCUAUUGACCAAUUAUUGAUAGUACAAAAGGAACUACAAACCUGCGUACAAGACGUCGAUAAGACGAAAAAAUUCUACUUUGACGAAGAACAUAGCGCACAUGAUGUGCGAGAUAAAGCAAAAGAUAUUGAAGAAAAAUUGAAGAAGAAGAAGGGCUCCUUUUUCCAGUCGAUAACGUCAUUGCAGAAAAAUAGCGCCAAGGUGAGCUCAAAGCGGGACGCUUUGGAAGAGAAAUCAACCGGAGCACGUAAUGAUUAUUUGUUGAGUCUUGCCGCUGCAAAUGCUCAUCAAAACCGAUAUUUUGUUGUUGAUUUACAAUCGACCAUGCAAUAUUUGGAGCAAGGAGUUUAUGACAAGGUAGCAGAAUAUUUAACAUUGAUGGGACGCACGGAAUUACUCACUUGUGUAGCAACACAAAAUAGCUUUGGAAAAAUCCGCGAUCAAGCUCAACAGCUUACUAGGGAGUACAAUAUUCAAUGCUGCUGUUUAUACUAUCCUGUUUUGAAGCAACAUAUUCAAUAUGAUUUCGAACCCUGCGAUAGCGACCCAGUAGAUAGGAUAACUGCAGAUCAUUCGGCGGCGUCGAUGUUAGGUAAAGAAGCGCGUCGCUGGUCAACGAGAAUUGCUCGCGAGAUUAGCAGCGUCCGUGAGAACAACAGAAAGUUGCAAGUACUGCAGCAACUAAAAGAAGCUGGUCAAAAGACUGAUCCAAACGAUCCUAAUGGUCCAGAUUUAGAUACUAAGAUGGACGAGUUAAAGCAUGCAAUACGACGAGCGGAGACUGCAAAACUUAAAGCAGAAGCGAGGAUAGAGUGUCUUCGAAACGGCGGAGUAAACGUAGAUGAGUUUUUGCAAGAAGCCGAAACGCUCAGUGUCCAGGACAUGCCACGUUCAGCUAGCUCUCUUUCUGUUAGAACAGAUGCAUCAGGUGCAGCGGAACAUCCGUCGUCAGACUCGUUUUACGAUAGUGAUGGCGAUGGCGGAAGCGAUCUAACGACCGUUGAGCGGCCUGGAAAGACUGCACUCCAGCAGGAAGACGAAGUUGAAGAAAGACAGAGGCACGAUAGCUCCGAAGUCGAUGCAUUGCUGGAACAAGAGAAGCAACGGAUAGAAGAGUUGACGGCAGGUUGGGAUGAUCCUACAUCGGUCGACUGGGAUAAUGAAGAGAAAGAUGAGCACGAAGUUAUACAUGAGACACCAGAGAUGCCUUCUAGCCAACCGAUUUACAAGUGUACCGCUCUCUACUCUUAUACAGCACAAAAUCCUGAUGAACUUUCUAUCGUGGAAAGCGAACAGCUGGACGUAGUGGGCGAAGGUGAUGGUGAUGGAUGGUUAAGAGCGAGAAAUUACCGUGGAGAAGAGGGUUUUGUACCUCAGAACUAUCUUGACGUAGAGAGAGAACCAGAAAUCACUACUGGAGGCCUGAGUUCGCAAGGUCCUAGUCUGGUUCAGCAGAUUUCAUUCUCAUCUGUAGACUAUACUAUCGAUGAUCACGACGCCGUCGAUCCCGAUGCUAAUUUACAAAGUGAUAUUACAAACACGAUUGUACAAAAUCAUAUUGGAGAAGUGGAACAGUAUUGUAUCGCGCUGUACGAUUACGAUGCGACAUGUGAUGAAGAGUUGAGCUUCUUGGAGGGCGACAUUAUCAAGGUAGUGAAAAAAGAACCGCACGAUGUAGACGACGGCUGGUGGGAGGGUGAGUUGAGGGACCAACGAGGUCUUUUCCCUUCUCUUAUUGUGGAACCUUGCGGUCCAGAUGGAGCUCCUUUAACUCCACAGGACAAUAUAACACCCCCGAGUUCUGCGCCGCCAGUUUUUACUCCACCAGAAGUACCAGAAUUUUUGUUGGGCGAUGAUGAUUUUAAUCAGCUCGACGGUUUAGAAUCACAAGAAGAAAAAUUAGUAAUGAACGGCGAUGGAGGAUUCGUGAUAAAUCUAUCCAAGGACCAAAAGGAUCACUACGGUUCACAGUUCGAGGAAGAGAAAUCAGAAGCAAUAGAUGUCCUAGUUCUGGAAGUAUCAGACGAGUCAGGCGAUAAGACAAAUAAGACGGAUAAAUCCAGUGAUUCAAAACAACCUGACGAUUCUACAAACCAAACAGACGAAUUUGGUCUCGGAGUAGCUCAAAUCGUCAUCACAGCCGCGACUCCGAUCGCAGAGAUUGAACAUCCUUUUCCUGGAGUGGAGGAAACUCCGGAAGAUGCGGUAAAAUCUGCGGAAACUUCCGAAGCUGAUCCAGAAGCAUCAAGCGCAACUUCAGAUCCGAAUGAGAGCGAAUGUAAAGAGGAAGAGGAAACAACUGUUAUUCUAGAUGAGAAAGAAGGGGAAGACACCGAAGAAAAAUCCACAAUCGACGAACUUCCGGCCGAUUCGGCACCAUUUCCAAUUAGCAGCAGUUCCGGAAGCGAAGCAGAUUCCACUUCCGGACCUAGCACCAAUGAAAAUUCUCAAUCGAGAGGAACAGUAGUGGAAGUAACAGAAGAAAUUACAGAGAUUACAGAAGAAGAAGAAAGAGAAAUGACGCCAGAGAGCAAAAUGCUGGUAGGAGGGAGAGCCAGCAUUCCAGAUGAACUGCAACCAGAUCAGCUAGAAAAAUUACAGUCGCUCAAGGAAUCGAACGCCUAGGGCUGACUGGGCCCCGGGGUCCACAAUGGCAAAAUUUCCUUGCCUGACAGUCACUCCGAUAAUUUUCGACAUUUAUUAGAUUUCUGGCGAUCUCCCCAAGUAUUGAGCAGAAAGAACUAACGAGAUAAAUAAGAGUCGAAAAUCGCGAUAAGAUUCUAGUGAUCGACUAAUAAUGAGAAUAAGGGAUUGUGACUUAAUUAUCUUUAAGAUGAUGGACGUUAAUAGGUCAAGUGCUGACGAUCAUUUAAAUUAUGGUUAAUCAACCCAUUAGAAAUAAGAAUCAUUUUUGCGUGUCUAUAGCACAGGAAAAUCGAUUAUCUAGAUAAAUAAGCGUAAAAACUCAUUAACGCGCAUGUAGUAUAGUAAAUCUCACGUUUACCGUACUAAUUAUUUGGCUUGUCUUGUAAUUCUCUUUGACAAAGCAUAUAUUUAUAAGCUUUUUUUGGCAUCCGACAUUCGAUGUAUUCAAUAGGAGAAUUUAUAUUCUACAAAGAUUCUAACAAUAUAAUAUAGUGUAUAUUGAUAUGUUUUUCCUUACAAAAAUGAAAUUUUCCUAUUGAGUAUCCAAUGUCUGCACGUACUUGUGUAAACAAAUCACAUUUUGAACUCUUUAUAAAGAUGAUUAUUUUUGCAUGCUUAUUGUAUUUCGGCAUAUUCUUAAGGUAGUUAUCGCGUGACAAUCUCACUCACAAGUUGAAUUUUACGCUACGAAAAAAUAUUCUCAGAACUCGAUUCACAUCGUCGUACGAAUAUUCCAGACUCUAUUUUAUCAACAUGUUAUUAAUGUAGAAAUAAAUAAGUAGUUUUAUUAUGCUCAAAACAUCUGUAUGUAAACAAUUUUUACUUUUUUGCUAGUGUGGUACUUAAACUUUUGAUAACGAUUAUCCACGUUUUACAUCGAACGGCAAUGUGACAACAUCGCGCGCGUCUAACCAAAUCUGUCAGUUUGCUUAGCUGUCAAACGAAACUACUAAAAUGAAAACUUCUCAAUUUCAAUACAAAUAUUAAAAAAACGCUUAAAAACCAUUUUUUUCACAGGCAAGAAAAUCACAAAUAAGUGAUGGGUCAAGAUCUAAGAAAUAUGUUGUGCGAAUGACGACGUUGUUACCACUGUUACCUGCCUAACUAUGCCUUGUCAAGAAAUAUUAUACUUUUUCCGCGCAAUCUUUAUUUCGACAACUAGACGGUCAAUAAUUCUAAAGUAUUUUUAUAAUAUUUGUAUGAUGGUAAUCUACCGCAUUCUAGUUUUUUAUCAAUGUCGCAAAUAUAGUUUGACAGCUAGAGUUUAAAAUGUGCCUUUUUUAAUGGGUUUACGCAUAUAAUAACAUAUGUAAAAAGUGUUAUUUAUAAUUGCAAUUAUCUCAACUUUAGAACGGUCAAACAUUUAGAAAUUUCACGAGCACUUUCAAAGCUUUUUGCUUAAUCUUUAGACCACCGGGAUUUUAAAAUCCAAAAUCAUGGAUAGAUCCCUCAUAAAGCCCUAUAAUAUUUCAUGUAUGUAUAUGUCUAUUAUAUAUUGUUCAAUAUUGUUUAAUAUGUGAGUCAUCGCGUAACGCCAUAUGGCGUCAUACCGGCAGCGUACAGGAGCGAAAAAUAAAAACCUUUUUUAAUUCAUAAAAUGAAGGUUUUCGAAGAUUUUUGAUUGUAUUGAUUACAUUUUUUUAAUUAAAAUCACGAAAAUCUGUA